AUAGGCAUUGAUGACCAGAACACUGAAAUGGAAGACUUGAUUAAAAACACACCUUAACCAUUAUGUCCUGGCAAUCUUCGCAACUCAUAGGAUAAAGAUUCUAAUUUAAUGAAUUUUAUGUACCUCCCAUUUUGUUCUUUAUAUAUUUGUCCAUUUAUAUUUAUAUAUCAUCAUUUCCUCUCUUUUUUUACACUCCCUUCUCUCCGUUUUAAUUUUCAAAACAUUCAAACAAGAGGAAAAGGCAUGCAAUCUCAUGUUUUUUAUCUCCCUCUUACCAUUAACUUUCCCUCCCAACUUCCAAACAUGAUGUUAGUUUGUCCAACUUUUCUGUCCAAGCUGAUAGGUAUGCUAUGUCCAGCCCAAUUCUAAGUCACCUGCACUACUUCAUCAUCCAAGUCCUCCCACUGCUAAAACAGCAAAACUAGCAAACCGCUUGUCUUUCAGCCCCUCCAAAACCCUUCAACACAGACCUACUGAAAUGGCUUCCACACCACCCAAACCAUUAAAACAGCUUGGAGAACUUCUACAAGAGCACCAAGAACCUUUCGUCCUAGAGGAUCACCUUACAGAAAGAGGGUAUCAGAAGAACAGCUUAAAUUCAAAAGGUACUUUUGGCUGCUGCAGCCACAGCAACUCAACCAAGUUUCUGAAGAGGUCAGCCAGCUGUGGCCUAAUCAAGAGCAGAAAGGGUAUUCCACACUGUACCAAAAUCCUCAGAACUGUAUGUAAGAAGUUUGUUUCCACUAAAGAGGACCAGAGCAUGAAGAGUUGUGACAGUAGAAAUGAAGAAUAUGGUGUCACUGAAAUGGGCAGUGAUGUCCAAGAAAUUGCGGAAUCAGAUAGAUUUUCCUCCGCUAGCAGCAAUACAGUAUUCAAUUCAUGCUGUGAGAGUGACAGAGAAGAAACAUCAAUUUCAUUGCCUAAAGAUCGCAUCACCUUUGAUGAAGAAACUUCCCAAGCUUUGAAAAUCUACAAUACAAGAGAGAGAGAGCGUGUUGCUCACAAAGUUAACAGGCUGGAACAGGUUACAGAUAGAACGCUUCGGUGGAGAUGCAUGGAAGACAGUCAGCAACUCAGCCCUGUAUCAGUACUGGAAGAAGUACCCUCCCAUGAAGUGCAACAAAAUGCUAGGAUUAGACAAGAAGGGAAUCUAACAGCUUGUCCCAAGAAGGUUUUAGAAGACUCACUAUCUUCAGCUCCAUCAAGGGAAUUACUUUUUCACUCAGCGAUAGAGAAAUCAAGUUGUACAGGAUUGCAGGGGCUCAAUGAGUCUAACCCUCUCUUGCAGUUCUUGAAAUUGAAACGAGUAUUGCAGCAAACAAAGAAACUUCUAUUUGAUUGUGUGAGGGAUGUGGUAGAGACCAAUGUGAAGAAUGAGAGAGGGCAGCAACACUACAAAGAGUUCUUGGGGCCUGAAGAGCUUGGGAUGCUCAUCUGUGAAAGAAUAAAGUCAAGGGGGAAACAGGUUGGAGACAAAAAAAAGAAAAAUUAUUUGUUGGACUUGGAUUUCAUGGAUUCAGUGGAAGAAUGGAGUGAUAUUGAAAAGCAGAAGAGGGAAGUUGAGAUGGAGAUUGGAGAUGCCAUUUUGGAAGAGAUCAAGAAUGAACUUGUCACAGAAAUGAUUGAUUUUCUGGAGCCAACUACAUGUAGAACUUAUUUUCUGAUUUAAUUACUACCUCUUCUAUGUCAUCUCAUCUCUAAAUUGAUUCCAAACACCAACUAGCUGAUCUAUGCGGAUUCCCCAUAUGCAAAAGAGAACAGAUGUAUAUAACAAUUUGAGCCAGAAGAGAAACCAUACACACAUUCUUUGUGGUAUUUGGUUACUCCAUUUUUGAGCGCAUAUUGUCUUCAUAUAGUUCAAUAUUAUUCACAUUCAACGCACUGUAACUCA